AUGCUCAAUAAGGUGAUUCUCUCACAAGCUCAUCAACCUGGCAAGUGGUUGAUGGCACUUCAGUGCAAAAUUGAUGACCAGAGUUCUGACUUCAACCGUGUUGUUGCCAGUAGCACACAUGACUUGGCCAUCGUCAUUGAGGCUGUUGAUGAAGAUGGGCUGGUUCCUCAUGAACCUGUCCCUCUUGUUGACCUUAACCUCCCUAUUUCACCCAUUCCUAUUCUUGUUGGUGAUGAUGACAAAGCUGAGCAAGUCCCUGUUCCGGUACUCACCCAGUUAGCACAAGCGAUCACCUAUCUUGCUCGCUCCACUGCUUGUCCGGCUCCAAUCCCUGUUCCGGUUCCUGCUCCUGUACAACCUCCCUGUCAGAGACCAGGUGCAGGACGAGGGAGACGUCCCCAUGGUGGAGGGCUUCAGCCUCAGCAACUUAGACCAGGAGCGCUGUGCCUAGUUACAUGUCUGUGCCCUAACUUACUGACUGGCAACAAGAACUACAAGAGGGAAAAUCUAGUCAAUUUUAUCACUGGGGUGUAA